UAGCAGAGAGAGAGAGAGAGAGAGAGAGAAGGCACUUGUGUUGGCGACGGUGUGGCUCUAUGGACAUCUUUUCCAAUACCUCCCAAGUUUGGGAGCCUCCCCCUCUUCGAUGACCAGCGGCGCUAGGGUUGUGGGCGACGGAGGUGGCCACUGCGGAUUUUACCGGCGGUAAAGGUUACCUUGAACUAAGUAACAUCUUAUUAAAAGUGCUUCUGCUGGACAUAUUUGCUUUUUGGGUAUAAAUAUAUUGGAGAAUGGCAGAUAUAUCAAGUUUCUGGGGUCCUGUCACAUCGACCACAGAGUGGUGUGAGAAGAAUUAUGUCUAUUCUUCUUAUUUUGCAGAAUUUUUUAACACCAUAUCGAAUGUCCCUACCAUAAUCUUGGCUUUCAUUGGGCUUAUAAAUUCCUUGAGACAACGGUUUGAAAAGAGAUUUAGCGUUCUUCAUAUAUCCAACAUGAUACUUGCCAUUGGUAGCAUGCUAUUCCAUGCAACGUUACAGCAUGUACAACAGCAAAGUGAUGAAACUCCAAUGGUGUGGGAGAUGCUCCUCAACAUAUACAUCCUCUACUCACCAGAUUGGCACUACAGGAGUACAAUGCCCACCUUUCUGUUUCUCUAUGGUGCAGUCUUCGCCAUUGCCCAUUCACAGUUGCGGUUUGUCAUUGGCUUCAAGGUGCAUUAUGUGAUCCUCUGCCUCAUCUGCAUCCCCCGGAUGUACAAGUAUUAUAUUUACAUUGAAGAUAUGGCAGCAAAGCAGCUUGCCAAGCUCUAUGUUGUAACCCUAAUUCUGGCAAGUAUUUGUUGGUUGUGUGACCGAUUGUUCUGCAAGGAAAUAUCACGCUGGUACUUUAAUCCACAGGGUCACGCAUUGUGGCAUGUUUUUAUGGGAUUCAACUCCUACUUUGCCAACACCUUCUUGAUGUUCUGUCGUGCUCAGCAACGGGGAUGGGACCCGAGGAUCGUCCACUUCCUGGGGUUUUUACCCUAUGUUAAGAUCCAUAAGCCAAAGGCCCAGUGAAUGAUGAUGAUCACGAUGAAUAGCUUCUUGUUUUUGAGGUACUUAUUGUUUUUCCCAAGUUGAGCAAAAGCACGCAAGCAGUCGCAGUUCCAGUUUUAUUCUUCUAAGUUGUAAAUGGUGAUUGUUUGGGUUCUCGUUAGAAGUCUAGUGUAAACCUAGCAUGUGCUCAAAGAUGAGAUCAGGUGGAUCUUGUUAGGUCCUUUUGUCUUUAGACAUUUUAAUUUCUUUCUCCUGUUCUUUAGAAAGAGUAGAAAGAAAUUUUGUUAUUGAUCACAGAAAUUUGUUUGUUAUAGGGAAUCUUGAUCCAAAUAUUUGGAGAGUUUGCAUGUAACUUUCCUCAGCCUUUCGUCAUUGUUUCAUUUCUUCUCUCCCCCCCCCCCCCC